AUGUUUAGCCAGAAUGGCAAACAAUUAACAGUGUUAAACAAUUUUAAAUUCAAAUUUAAAUAUGAAUCAAAAAUAAGUGGUUAUAAAACGUGGGAAUGCACUAAUAAAUCAUGCAAGGUCAAAUUGGUGUUCAACAAGGAAAAAACUCUAAUACAAGAAAAAUCAGUUUUGGAUCAUACUCAUGAAGCAGAUUCUACAAUUGAACGUCAAGCAGUAAGUAAUAGUAUCAAACGAAAAAUAUCUGAAAGCAAUAUAAACGAAAUGCCAUCUAAAAUAAUAAGAAAAGAACUUCGUAGUUUAGAAAACGAUACACAAUUACUGACUAAUGAUUUUUUAUAUAUUCGUAGAAAUUUAUAUAAUAAAAAAACCAAAUAUCACCCACCACUUCCCAAGAAUAUUAAUGAAGUACAUGAAGUUCUAAUAAAUAUGAAUAUUACGACUAACAAAAACGAAAACUUAUUGCUAAUAAAUGACAAGGAAACAAAUAUAAUUAUAUUUACAUGUCUCACAAAUUUAAAAUACUUAUGUUCUAUGGAAAAAGUUUUUAUGGACGGAACAUUCUAG